UCGCCAGCAUUGCACGGGAGAGACAACGAAUUGUUCAGAUCGAGCGUGUUGAGAUUACAGAGAGUGAGAAUAUAAACGAGUUUUUCAUGCGUGUGCGCGUUUCUAGUAUAUAAAGGAAUAUGUCGCAGACACUAGAUGAUCUGUUAAUGCGACAGGAGCAUGCGCGUAAGCUGCGUCUGGUCACGCGCGCCAAGUUUCGUCGCAUUAACUCAUUGGAUCGCAUACCGGAGCACCCGAGCCAAGAUGAAUCCGAGGAGGAGCAGCCGCAUCGUCACUUUGUUACCUUGCGGCGCCAACGCACGGCAGACGGCAGUCUCCUGCGUAGCCAUGUGCCCGCAGCAGCGCCGGAAACAGCAUCAGCCAACAGCAGCAGGGGCAGCCUGUUGCUCUUUGGACCGCAAUUGUUGAUGCGUCUGCUGAUGACGCUCGUGCGCUAUAUACUAUAUAUACCGCUGUCUAUAGCGGCGCCCAGCUUUUGGCUAUCGGCGCUGCUUUGGAUCUUUUGGAAGCUGCUGCGUGUGCCCAUAGCGCUGUUCAAGUGGCUGCUGGCGGACGACGAGCAGCAGGAGCAGCCGCAGCUGCAGCGCCGCCAGCGCACUGUGCUUCUCAGCUGUGGCAGCAGCAUACAGACGCUGCAUCUGGCGCGGAACUUCUAUGGCUCGGGCGCACGCGUUGUGGUCUUUGAGUUUGAGGGCUUGUUUGGACUGGCGCGUUUCUCCACGAGCGUGGACAAGUUCUAUGUCGUGCCGCGUCCCAGCAGCAGCAAUGCGGAGCAGUACAUAGCGGCGCUUUGUCAUAUUGUGCGCAAGGAGCGACCAACAGUCUAUGUGCCGGUUGCAGCCACAAGUCCGGCUUACUAUGAUGCUUUGGCCAAGCCGCAUCUGGAGCUGUUGGGCUGUGCUAGCUUUGUGCCGAGCGUGCAGGAAACACAGCAGCUUGACGACUGUCUGCAGUUGUUUCAGCGCUGCGAGGCACAACGCAUAGCGCUGCCGGCGCAUUUGGUUAUCACAGCACGAGAGCAACUGCAGCAGUUGUACGAGCGUGAAUUUGUCGGUGGCUAUAGGCAUAUACUAAUGGCCUGCGGCAUGCAGGGCGUGAUGGAGCGACACAAGUAUAUACUACCCAGUCGACGCUCGGAAUUGCAAAAGUUUAAUCAGCACGAGAUUAGCGAACAGCAGCCCUGGCUGCUGGUGCGUGAUCAGCCGGGUUAUCAUCAUUAUGUCACCUGUACGACGGUCAAAGACUCGCAGGUGGUGGCGAACGUCAGUUGCCGUGUGGAGCAGCGUACAAAGAAUUUCAUACCAGUGCAGCGAGAGGACGAGGCGCAGAUUGAGCUUUGGCUGCGCAGUUUUUUCGCCAAGAUGCGCUUUCAGCGCAGCAUUAAUGGCCAUAUAAGCUUUCGCUUGGCGAAGUCUCCGAAGCAUGGCGGCCAAUUUGUGCCGCUGGGCGUCAGACUGGGCGUGGCACUUCCCUAUAUAUGCCACAAUCGUUCGCAUGCGCAGGUGCUCUGCCGUGCCAUCAAAUGCAUGUGCAUACAUAGGCGUGGCGUGGAUCUCCAGCAGCAGCAGCCACAGCAGGAGUUGAGCUGGAGCUGGAGCUGGUCAACGCUGGAGCGCAGUACGUCGACAGCGCCGCUGGAUAAACGAGAGGCAUUGUUUGCCUAUUGGGAUCCGCUGCCCUAUUGCGCCUACUAUCACUUUCAGCUGCCGCUGGAGUCCGUUAAGCUAUUUUUGCAGCGACGAAAUCGCGGCGAGACCAAAAGUUUAUCGCCGCGCAUCGCAGCGCCGGUUCAUUGAACGACGCACUGCAGCAAGAGCCGGCUGGAGACAGUGCCAGCCAGCGACAGCGAGAGAGAUUACACAGACUGAACAAUUAAUUAUAUACAUAUAAUAACACAUAAAAAACAACCACACACACACACACACACAAGCAUAUAUGCUUUUAAUUUUUGUUGUCGUUUUCUUUUUUUUUCUGUUUUGUUUACUUGAAAGCAUCAAUGGGGUUCAACAUCUAUCUAAGCAGAUUAGGCACGUAAACAUAAAACACAUGCACACGAACACACACACUCACACACAUGUAGGCCUAAGCUUGGCAUAUUAAAUUUACGUUGUAAACAAUUCAUAGGCAUUAAAAACUUUGAAUUUA